UUGCCCGGCCUCUGCCGGCCGAGUCCCUUCCGCCACCCAACAGUGUUUUAGCCCGCCUGCCCUGCUGCAGGGGUUGAAGGCCGGUGCUAUGGACGUCAACCAGCCCAAGCAGGAACACCUGCUGGCUCUGAAAGUGAUGAGGCUAACCAAACCUACUUUAUUCACUAAUAUUCCGGUGACUUGUGAAGAAAGAGAUUUGCCAGGUAAUCUGUUUAAUCAGCUCAUGAAAGAUGAUCCUUCUACUGUAAAGGGAGCAGAAACUUUGAUGCUAGGAGAAAUGCUGACUUUGCCUCAAAAUUUUGGAAAUAUAUUUCUGGGAGAGACAUUUUCCAGUUACAUUAGUGUACACAAUGAUAGUAAUCAAGUUGUCAAGGACAUACUGGUGAAGGCUGAUCUUCAGACAAGUUCUCAGCGCUUGAACCUUUCAGCUUCUAGUGCUGCAGUGGCAGAACUUAAACCUGACUGUUGCAUUGAUGAUGUGAUCCAUCAUGAAGUAAAAGAGAUAGGAACGCACAUCUUAGUUUGUGCAGUAAGUUAUACUACGCAAACAGGAGAGAAGAUGUACUUCAGGAAGUUCUUCAAAUUUCAGGUUCUUAAACCACUAGAUGUGAAAACCAAAUUCUACAAUGCUGAGAGUGACCUCAGUUCUGUGACAGAUGAAGUGUUUCUGGAAGCUCAGAUUCAGAAUAUCACGACCUCUCCAAUGUUUAUGGAGAAGGUUUCUUUAGAGCCAUCUAUGAUGUACAAUGUUGCAGAACUGAACACAGUUGACACAGCAGGGGAAAGUGAGUCUACUUUUGGGUCAAGGACUUAUUUACAACCUAUGGAUACACGUCAAUAUUUAUACUGCCUAAAACCAAAACAAGAAUUUGCAGAAAAAGCUGGAGUAAUAAAAGGUGUAACAGUGAUUGGUAAACUGGACAUUGUAUGGAAAACUAAUCUGGGUGAACGAGGAAGGCUGCAAACUAGCCAGCUCCAAAGAAUGGCUCCUGGAUAUGGUGAUGUAAGGCUUUCUUUGGAGACAAUACCAGACACCGUGAAUUUGGAAGAACCUUUUGACAUUACAUGUAAAAUAACAAACUGCAGCAGUGAAAGGACUAUGGAUCUGGUUUUGGAAAUGUGCAAUACUAAUUCCAUCCACUGGUGUGGAGUUUCAGGAAGGCAACUUGGAAAGCUGCACCCAAGUUCAUCCCUCCAUCUUGCACUUACAUUGCUGUCUUCAGUGCAGGGAUUGCAAAGUGUCUCUGGCUUAAGACUUACAGACACGUUUUUGAAGAGAACAUAUGAGUAUGAUGAUAUUGCACAAGUCUGUGUAGUUUCUUCAGAAGUCAAACAAAGCUGAAGAAAAAAAUCUGCAUUUCUGCUGGGCUUUUUUUUUGGACCAACUUCUUGAUGUUUUUGCAGCUGAAUCAUAUCAAAAUGUGUACAAACAAAACUACAUCCCUCUAUACCUGUAAACGUAACUGUGCUUAUUUAAUUUCUCUGAUCAUUUUUGUAAUGUUUUAAAAUAGUUUAAAAACAUGCAUAUGCAUUUCAUUUCCUGAAAAGAAAGCCUUUGAAAAGUGUAGCUCUAGCAAAUCAUAUUGCAUUAACAUUACCUUGGGGCUGUGGGGGUGAGAAUGAGAUGAAAUCUAUGACAUUGUACUUAUUUUUGUUAUUUUAAUUGUUUUUAAAAAUAUUUAAACAGGUUUAAAAUUUUGGGUCUGACAAAACUGCCUCAGUUUGAAGGAACUGGCCUCUUAUAGACAAGUUCCUGGAAUCCAAACCCCUGUGAGAAAUACUUCGGGGUACCUGGCCUGGCAGCCUAUUUGCAUGGUACAUGCAUAGCCAUUAGAACUAGAGCCUGAUAAAGGCAUGAGAUGAGAAAGUGCGGCUGGCACUGCUGAGGUGCCAGCAGCUAGAAAGUAGAGAUCAGCCAAAGAAUGUGCUGGUUGUGGCUCAGUCUUUGGAAAGGAGUAAUAACAGUAAAUCUGUCCCAGUUUUGUGCAUCCCUGCCAAUACAGGGCAUGCUGUGAACAGGUGUGUUACUUCCCAAUUAGUAGGGAACUGAAAACUAGAACAGCAGAACUCAGGCAUUUUUUAUUGUUAAACUGUGGCAGUGCAAAUUAGUCUUCCAUAUAAGUAGAGUUUUAGGAAAAUGAGGGAGGAAAAACCCUGAAUGGCUGCCCUAGAUCAAGUUCUCCAAAGCAUAUGCAGGAAGGAAUUCAGGACUUGGUUAAGCACUGAAAUGUACUUUUUCCUUGCUUUGUUCUGACAAAAGAUGGAAAUAUUUUUGGCUGAAAUAUCUAAGGCCACCCAAUGGUAGCCAUUUAAUACACAAAAUGCUGACUAGCUUUCUGAGCUUAACACUAGUUAAACUAGUCUUAAAGAUUCUACUCAGUGGCUUGCCGUAUUUCUCAGCUACCAUAUUGGCAGUUAGCAACCUUAUUUAGUUUUGACAAUAUUUUACUUAAGGCUUUCCUGUGUAUAAAAUCUUUAAGUGUAGGAUUCAGUUUUAAAAUACUGGAUAAAUUUAGGACCUGCUUACUAAAGUGAGGGAAUGAGUCCAUAGAAGAAAAAAUACUAAAACUAUAUCCUGUACAUGUAAAAAAAUGCAGAUUAACCAAAAUAAACCGGUAAUUUAAAAAAUGCAAUUUAUCUUCUACUCUAGAUUCAUCAACAAAUAAAAACAGUAAAACCACAGCUAUCCAGACAAUAAAAUGUAAAUAACUUUAUUUAUAAUCUAUUUUCAAGUUAAACUGACACAAGUUAAAGGAGAUGUAACCAUAUGGUAAUAAGAGGUAGGA